AUGAUGUAAUUGUAGUAGGCCUUUUGAUUAUUUUUACCGAUUUUUUGAAGAAAAUUUUAUGUAAAAUACGAUAGUUUGACCUUUCGGUAGCUUAUAAAAGUUCAAAAAAUCUGAUUUUUCAUUUUUCCAGAGUAAUUCGGACAGAUCCAAAUGCAUAUUUCGAGUGUUGGAACGGCACGCUGCGCUCCGACAAAUGCAUUGAUGGCUAUAUUUUUAAUCAACCGGAGCAGCGAUGUCAGCCGGCGGAAGAUCACACUCUCAGGAAACGGUCAAGUAAGCAAUAUAGUUCACAUUUCGUAUCUUCUAUAAUACGUAUUUUACCAACCAAAACUGUAAAAUUCAUUUACAACGGAGGUUGUUUAAUUGUCAUUUUCAGUGGGUGUUGCGGGCGCCUCACGAACCGGCGACAUGUGUGCCUUCAACACGGACUGUCAGAGUGGAAUGUACUGUUUUAAUGGAGCGUGCACUUGCCUAUCGGAUUAUGUGGCCAUCGCUGGAUAUUGCUGGCAAAGUAAGUGAAGAAAUAUAGUACAAUAAAGGCGGUACCAGGUGUCUCAAGUUUCGCUUUUGAACAUAGUUUUUUCUGGAGAAAGACUUGACUCAAAGAAAGUGUGACCCAGCGAAAUAGCUUGUAUUUUACAGACUUGUUAUUUUUUUGACAUAAAGCGGAGCUCAAAUUUAAAAAUUUACAGUGGCGACCAGUGGCAAAAAACAUACGAUUUUGCAUCCGACAAGUAUCGAAAAAUGUAGCAAAACGCAUCCUUCUUUAACGACAGAACUCGGUUAUGAAGAGCGCGCUUUUGAAAGCGGAGUCUUUUCACUUGAAGAGCUAGGUGUUUUGCCACAUUUUUGAUACUUCCCGGAUGCAAAAUCGUAUGUUUUUCUACCACUGGAGUCGAUAAACUGAGGCACUUUUUCGGGAAUUUGUCACAAGUUCGAAUUAACGCUUUAAUGUGCUGAAACGCUAUUGUAAUAUCAUCGCUAGGGUACCCUUUUUUACUUCCGGAUUCUUGGGUGAAAAAAAGAUAAAGAUUUGCGUAUUUUACAAAAAACUCAUAUUUUUCAAUGAAAGAAACAGUUGACACAAAAUCCAAAACUUGUGAAACACUUGACCCUUGCAUAGAAAUUUUGCGUUUUGCCAUGCUUUUUUAUCAUUUUAAAUAUUUUAUAUUCUAGUUUCAACUAAAUUUCCACCUUUUCUUCAGAAGUCAACCCGGGCGAUUCCGGUUGCGUCGAGGACCUCCAAUGCGACGCCGUCUGGCCGGGCGCCAAAUGCUCUCGCGCCGGGAUGUGCGAAUGUCCCGAAUUUACAACUCCGGCCAAGACACGAGACGGCACAAUGUGUGUGUCGGCGGGGGUACCGCCCGCUUGCCCAUUGCCGGAGCCAAUCAACGCCGAACUUCCGAAUCCGGCCACGCUGUUGGCGAAUCCCACCACACACCCGUUGGGCGCCGACUCCUAUAUGCCGGUGCUGUGCAGCAGCGGCUCCAAUGAGGUGAUCAACAGCAACGGAGGCGACGGCUCGACCUGGUGCAUCUACCCCGACGGCGACAAUGACAUCUACAUUGCGGACAUUUACAAUUGCAUCCCGCAUCCGCAAGUCAAACACGAAUUUUUCCCUGAGUAUUCGGACACGAUUGAUGGGAUUUGUUGUCAUUCCCGAGCUUUUGUUUGCGUUCAGCCGAUGGAACAGGGUGAGGAGCCGAGUGUGCCGAGAUGGUGGUACAACUCGGUCACCGGCACUUGCUCGCAGUUCUUGUGGGACCCGAAUCAGGCGGAUAAUGUGUCGCCGAACAAUUUCAGGACUGUGGAACAUUGCGAGAGCUAUUGCAGAGAUAGUAAGUUAAGAUUGUAUCAGUUUUCUUUCGAAAAAGAGGAUUUUUGUCUUUGAAUUGAGAGAAAAAAGUAUGAUCACCCCUAUAUGAACGGCUAUUGUCAGAUAGAAAAUCAGGACAAAAUUUUGCACAAAGUAGCUAAAAAAAUUCCGAGAUUCCGAGCUUGCGAUGUAGAGAAACAGCCGAGAUUUUUUGGUAUAAAGUUGGUGAAAAUUGAACACUUUUUUGUGAGAGGACACAUAAAAAAUCCCUUUCAUUUUUGCCGAAUAACAUUUCUAUUAAAAAUAAACUUUUUCCGCUCGAAAUUGGGCGGAAGUUAUUAUUAAUAUAAUUUGUUGCGAAAGUAAUGAGCACAAUGCGCUUUCUAUUAUACCUUAGCAACGCCAUUGGCACACCGAGCUUGUGUUCAUUACUUUCCCAACACACUGAUAGCAAACUGUAAUACCAUUUUUGUCGGGAUUCCAUCCGUGUUUUACACGCUCUCUUGGCGGUAAGGGUCGAUGAGUUUUAGGGCUCUCUCGAAAGCUUCUCGGUUGAAGAGGCCCCUGGAUCGAAAAGACCCCAAAAAUGAGUGAAGAGGCCUCCAAAAAAUGGAAAAUAUUUUGCAAAUUUUAAAAAUAUGGUGUGACAUGUUAUACGGCGAAAAAAUUUUGGAGUUUGGGGUGACAUCUUAUACGAUGGAUGCAAUUCUGCAAAAUUUUUUCAAGCUACGGGUCACUUUUGCAACAUGCACUGUGCGAAACCAAAAGUGCAUCCUGCACUGUGCAGAUCUUGUGUUUUGCUUUUGCACCGUGGAAUAGGCUUUUUUCGGGUGUCGGCAAUUGAGAGUAACACCUGCCCCAUCGAGCCAAGUUUUCCUGAUAGAGUCAAGUUUUCUUUCUCCCUAUAAAAGUUUAGCUGAUGGAAUAAAAAUUGCAUAUUAACUGUUUUAUUAUACGGCCGUUCUUAAAAACCACGUGUAAUAUCGACGUAUUUUACCAUCCGAGUCACACACUCUACUCUUAUGACCAAAGCUUUUUUACAGCCUGUCGUCGAGGGCCCGUCCAAUUCAACCAGCACAACCGCAACUCCAUCAUCGACGAGACCCCCAUCACCAACUGCCUCCAUCAUGCUGGCGGGUGUGGCACCGAGUUCCACUGCACAGUCAUCGGCUCCCAUCAACACUGCUGUCCCACCGUCGCCCACAUUUGCAGCGCGAUGGGCGGAAGAGCGCACGAUUACGUGGCGCUGGAGAACUUUGACCGAGGCGUGGCGGUGGCCGGUUAUCGACCGGUCAGUCGGUUCUACUACGACCAGGAGCAGGGAAGAUGCGCCAGCUUUGUGUACGAUGGGCUGGGAAAUUAUAAUAACUUCUUUACCAAGCAGGAUUGUGAGAAUUUCUGCUCCAAAUGUAAGUAUAAUAAAUGGAAUGGAAAGGGUAUAUUCAAAUUUUCAAAGUAUCUCCAUUUUUUUAUCACCGCCAUUUUCUAAAUCCUUUUAGUGGUCUGCGAAUACGGGAAUCCCCUUCGCAUUGGGGAGGAUUGGCAGCGCUGCGAGACCAACAACGACUGCCCCUCCACUCAUCAAUGUGAAUCCGGUCAUAAGGUCUGCUGCCCCACGGCACAAAGCAUUUGCACUCAGCCGAAGCGUUUCGGUGACUGCACCAGCAGUGUGCGGAGGUUCUGGUACAAUGCGGCGACACGACAAUGCGAGCUCUUUCAAUAUACCGGAUGUCAAGGGAAUGAUAACAACUUUGACUCGUUGAUGGACUGUCAGCAGAAGUGCAGGAACAUUGCAUGUAAGUUUGAGGGGGAAAUUGGGUCUUGGAUAGUAUGUAAUAUAGCGAAAUGAUACAGUAAAAAAGGGCCGGGUCCGUUUUCGUAUGUAAAAGAUAAUGAGCUAAUCUCCUUUGACCUACAGUAGCCGGCGCCGUGACAAAUUUGGUUGCCUGCCUCUUGUCAUAACUCUAGUCGACUCACAACAAGUGUCAAGACUUGGAUAGUCGAGGUCUAACGAGGCCCCUAACCUGCCCUCUACUCCUAAUAUUUACUGCCGCUAAUAACCCGGAGAUCACAACUAGAGAACUCUAGGAGAAAAACUGCGAACUCACACGAAUUGACUCCAAUUAGCUCGGACCACCACCGCACUGUGUCAAGGGCACUUCCAACAAAUUAGAAAUAUAUGUUUAUUUCCAAAAACGAGUGACCAAAAAGCGAUCGGUCUAUUACAUUUAUAUCAAAAUAUUUGUCGGUUUAUGCUAAUUUCUGGGAAUUCUUCACGGAAUCGUGACUCAAGAAGCCUUGUCUGAGCCGAUGCGUGGAGUUAAGAACGUUAACUUGGCCUAGUUCAGCAGGCUAGUGACUAACGUGGGCACUACGGGAUUUUUUGGCCAAUAACACUAAACCGUCGACUGAGAUCGUAAGGCGCCGCAGACUGUCGGUCAAAAGAAAGCUAGGAACCUAUUAACCACUAGCUUCCAUGAGGCAAAAUUGGCCAGGGGUAUAUGGUGAGGGCAUAAAGGUAUUAGGGCAAAAAUGGGUAAUGCGGAAAACGUCGAAAACGGCAAGAAAGAAACUACGUUGCAUAGAAGAAAACCAGUUUUUAACAAGUAAUUUCUGAGGUUCCAAGGGCCAAUUUUAGGCCAAAACGGACCUUCAUGGCCCGUCUAUAGAAAAUCCGUUUUUUUGGGUCUUUAGCGGUUUUUGAACAGAGGUUUGACUGACCGCUUUUUUCUUACUAAACGGGAAAAUAUUCAUCGCCGUAUUUUACAAUUUCAGUGGAGCCCAAAUGUCCUCAAGGCCGUGCCCAUCGCGAUGCCAAUGGUCAUUUCUAUCAGUGCUCGAUGAAGAACGGAGGGAAAAUGUGUCCGCCCAACUAUCAAUGCUACUUUGAUGGCACGACCCAUGGAUGUUGUCCGACUAAAGGUAAAAAAAUUAUAUUUCAUAUUUCAAAAUUUCUUUUUCAGCCUACACUUGCAGUUUGAGCCCGGACAAGGGAAUCCAAUGCGGUUCGGGAAGGUCGUUCCGGUAUUAUUUUAACGCCCACAAACAGAGCUGUGAGUCGUUUCAAUACGAAGGCUGCGAUGGAAAUUCCAAUAACUUCCAGAAUGUGGAGGAUUGCCAGGAUUAUUGUGGUGUUGGAGGUACUUUUUUUACCAAAAAAAAUUUUUUUUUAAUUAAUUUAAAAAUCUUUUUUUAUUUUUAUUUUAUUAAUUUUUUUUCUUUCUUUUUUUAUUUCUUUUUAUUAUUUUUUGUCUAUCCAAUCUCCAGGCAACGGUAGUCGUAUUUUACAAACAUCAUCAUCGAAUUUUAGGAUUUUUCGUUUUUUUUUUAUUUUUAAUUUAUUAAAAAAUUUUUUUUUUUUAUUUUCACUUUAUCAUUUUUUUAAUUUUUUUAUUUUUUUUAAUUUUUUUUUGUCUAUCCAAUCUCCAGGACCGUAGUCGUAUUUUACAAACAUAAUAAUCGUAUUUUAGGAUGUCCGAAUGGCGGUCAGCCCCUCCGCGAUCUCACGACCAAUCAAUUCAUCGCCUGCCAGAGCGAUGGCCAGACCUGUCCACAAAGUCAUGAAUGUGUGACCAUCAACUUCAACGGGAAUAUUGCUCAUCGCUGUUGUCCAACGAAAGGUGAGAAACAAGAAAAAAAGGUUUUCGAAAGGUUUUAGUGAAAGAACAUCCAUAGUUGGGAAACGUAUUUUACCCAUAAGAUUGAGUGUACUAGUCCUUUCGCUAGGUCGCUAUAGUGAUUUCAGCGACAUGCACUGUGAGAAAACAAAAGUUCACUUUGCACUGUGCAAUUUCUUGCUUUUUGCACCGCUAAGGUAAACUAGCACAGUCCGGUAAAUGAAUUGGCAAUUUGCCAAAAAAAGACGUGAAAAAACGCUUUGUCGGGGAAGAAAUGGGGAAUUUUUGGGGCGAGAGAGUACGUAUUUGUGUGUCUUUUCUCUGCCUUCUCUGCGAAAUCAAGACGAAGUGUCAAAAACCGAUAGCGAAGGGUCUAUUCUGGUCACUCCUCAGUUUGACAUGCACCCUGCCAUAGGCUUUUUUUGGACUCGUAUCCUUACCUUUUUUGCACAGUACAUGACGCCAAAAUCAUUCCAGCUGACUUUGCGAACGGGCUACUAGUUGUUCCAGAAAGUGCGUAGACUCUUUGUCGUGGACCGCACUUUGCAUAAAACUCACUUUUUUGCCAAGAAUUUGACCUUUUGCAUCGUGCAAUUUUCAUUAUCGAUGCGACGCCAGCUUUUCUCAACUGAGCUGGUGCGGAUUUUGAAAAAUUACAAAGCGCAAAAUUUUUGAAUUUUUGCGAAACGCAACUUGCCCUGUGCGGAGCGAAAGGCCAAAAAAGUCUACGCACUUUCUGGAACGACACAUAUGUAUAAUAGUAGCGCCAACUCUUCCAAAAUCCUCAAAACCACUCUCAAAUCUUUUUUUUCAGCCCACAUCUGCACCCUCCCACCGCAACAAGGCAAUCAAUGCACCAAAAUCUCCGUGACUCGUUUUUACUUCAACAUUGUCACCAAAGAGUGCGGUAGAUUCAGUUACAAUGGCUGUAACGGCAAUCUGAACAACUUUGCCUCCGCGGAUCAGUGCUCCAACUUCUGUACGUCCUCGGCUUGUCGGCCGGGCGAGUCCACCUUCAAGGACAUAAACACCAAAAAAGUUGUGGAAUGUUCGCCGAGUGUCAUCAAUUCCUGUCCGUUGGAUUAUCAAUGUAAGCAUGACCCAUUGACUGGACGUCAUGUUUGUUGCGGAACCCCGCCGUCGGAUGUGUGCCCGGAGGGCGAGAAGGCGUAUGUGAAUCCGUUGGAUGAGACGGUUAAGGAGUGUACGAUAAAUAUGGCGGGCAGCUGUCCAGCCGACUAUUUGUGUCGCUUCUCGCCGAGUCACAAUCGAUAUUACUGCUGUGCUAGUCGGAAUGGAAGUAAGUGUUAUUUAAUAAUAUUCGUUAUCGUCUUUUGUAUUUACCCACUAGAGAAAGAGCUGUUCCACUAGGGAAACAGUUUAUCUAUGGGGGAAACGGUUGACACAUAACAGGAAGAGUUGUCCAAUUACAUAGAUCUAAAAUUUCCAGAAAAUUUUGGAAAAACUUGGUCAAUUAAAGAAAGAUGUGUUGUUAGUGAAAGACUUUACCCACGACAAAAACACUUGACCAACUUGUAAAAGAGUCGACUCAUAAGGAUCAAAAUUGAUAGAAUGGGGGAAUACCUGACCAGUUUACUCGUGAAUUGUCUUCUUUAAGAAAUGUAAAGUCAUAGACGAAAGUUUUGACUCAUGAGCGAACACUUGACCCAAUGAGGGCAAGACCUGACUUUUUGCCAAUAAAUUUUAACUGAUAAAGGAAAUGUUAUCGUAUUGCGAAUAAAUUGAGUCUAGAUUUGCUUUUUUUUAACGAAGGUAAGCCCUAGGAUCUUUGGGAGAACACUUGACCCAUAGGAAACAUACUUGGCUGAUUUCUCGAUCAGUAAUCAGUUUUUCCUUGUGCCAGCUAUCGUAUUUUACCCUCCAUUUCUAGAUAUGUGCCCGGACGGUCGAGCCUUAUACAGAACCCCACGAACCUUUCUACCAACUCGAUGCACUUUGUCACAAGUGCAAAACGGCUGCCCGGAUGGAUUUUCAUGUCAAAGUAGGGUCGACGGAGUUCUUCAGGGCUACUGUUGUACCUCUAAUAGUAAGUUUUUACAUUUUUAACACAUAGAUAGUAAUUUCAUAAAGUGCAACGACACAUACAUUGAGCGUAUUUUACCCUUUUACUCUGUAUUUGAUGCGGUUUAGGUGUGUGUCGAAACGGUGCCGACUUCCUCAUCGACGACAAGACAAAAAUGCCCCAGGUCUGUAUGCCCGGCGCUUUCGCCAUGUGUCCCGCCGGGUAUCGUUGCAACAAGGCCUCAAAUAGCGCGUCAACCGGCUACUGUUGCAAGGGCGAGAUCAAGGCGAUCACCGAGGGCUGCCCGCCCGGCGAAUACGCCUAUACGAAGCAGAAAGAGAUCGUCCAAUGCGACCCGUUCAACAUCCAGGACAAGGGCUGUCCGGCGCACUACAGCUGUCAGUAUGCGAUCGCGUUCCAGCGCUAUCAAUGCUGCGGCAAAGAGCCGCUGGACGAGGAGGCGUUGGAGACGCAAGGCGAGGAUACGGGAUGUAUGAAUGAUCAAGUUGCGUUUAUUAAUCAUAUCUCGAAGGAACCGCAUGCGUGCACGGUGAAUGCGGAGAACCAAUGCCCGUUGGGGUAUUUCUGUCAAUUCAGCGACAAAAAUAAGCAGUUCCAGUGUUGCGGACAAAGAGCAGGUAAGGAGAGGAUCAUUUCAUUGAUAAGACAAAAAAUAAAGUCUCUGGGAAACAUCAGAAAUAUCAGUCUGUCGGGAAAAUAAUGAGCGCUAUGUCGCAUCCAAAAUUUCGCCGCGGAGAAAAUGAAUUGUGUCGCGACAAAAUCAAGUUGCUUUUCACUUUAGCGACACUAUAGGCGCAACGACAGAGCCCUCACUAUUUUCCCGACAGACUAAUGAUUUUUAAAAUACGCAGUUCAGAACACUUCCGCGAGUUGAAAAAAACAAAUAUUUUGGUCUUUAAAAAAAAAAAUUGUUUUUUUUCGCGACAGAACAGUGUAAAAAGAGGCAAAAUGCAAUGUGGGCCAUGCAAAAAGUAUAGGCACUUUGUGGACAGACUAGUAGAGUCUUCAGCCAUCUUCCGAAAUUUUACAUUUUUACCCCAAAAUCAAAAAAUUGGAGAGAAAACUUUUAUAUAGCCUUGGUUACUAUCAUUUUGCAAUUUUAAAAAAAUAUGUUUUCAAAAAUGUAAGGGGUCUUGUAUCAGUCUGUCGGGAAAAUAUUGAGCAAUCUGUUGAAAAUCGCAUCUCCUGAAAACUAAAAUUUUGUAAAAAUCAAAUUGCUUUUCACUUCAGCGACACGACCGGCGCAACGAAAGAACCCUCAUUAUUUCCCCGACAGACUGAUAGAAGCAAUUUCCGUGCAAAAAACAUUAGGCUUAACUUUUUCCAGGCUGCCCAAACCGCAAAGUCGCGUACAUCGGGAUCAGUGGAACAGCCCAGGAAUGCAAGCCGGGCGUUCAGCAGCAAUGUCCCGGAGGCUACACUUGUAUUCGCGGAGAGGAAAACAAAUUCAUUUGCUGUACCAGCGAGGAGCCCGAGUUGCCCGGAGCCAUUGCGACUACUCCAACCACAACCACUGAGCUGAUUGACCCAUCAACGGAGACCACGGAGAAACCGGAUGGACAGUAUAGGCAUCACAAUCGAAAUUCCGCCGAGAUUUCCGUGGAAAUUGGGCCCGUGAAGCCGCGAGGACAUAUGACUUGUAGGCCGGAUGAACAUUUUACCAACGGGCAGUGUGUGUAAGUGAAAAAUUCGGCAUAAAAAAUGCGCUUUAUGGUCGACAAAUAUGGGUAAAUAUUCCCGUUGUCCACGCGUAUAUAUUUUUUAAUUUCUUAGAAUUUUAUCGGCAGAGAAACACUUGACCCGUUGAGGGUAAAAGUUGACUCAAUGCGCUAAAAUAUGUUCAAAACAUGUUGAAAGAGGCUUUUUCCGAGAAGUAGAUAUAUUUUUCCCAUAUUAUUAGAAGCUUUAUUGUCAGAGAAACACUUGACCCUCUGAGGGUAAAAGUUGACUCAACACACAAAAAUGUGUUCAAAUAUGUUGAAAACACGUUUUCAGCAAAUAGAAAUAUUUUCCCGAAUUUUUAUGACUUUUAUCGUUGGAGCAACACUUGACCCUUUGAGGGUAACACUUGACCCACUGUCGGAAAUUUGAUUAAUAGGCUGUGACAAGGAUAAAUACCGAUAUUCUAGGAUAAUUUUAAAAGUUUUUACAGCACAGAAAUACUUGACUCAAAAGUGAAACACUUGACUCAGGUGUUAGAAAGACCUCAAAGAUAAAACUAAAAAUUUUUUAUUUCCAGUCCCCGCCGUCUCGGAGAAGCCUGUAUAACAACAGAUCAAUGUCCCAAGACCUCGGUCUGCUCCAGUUUUGUUUGUCGUUGUCCCGAUGGCACCAAACAGGCCGGCCAGAUUUGCCUGCCAGAUUCGGACGAAGAAGCUGAUAUAGUUGAUGAAAAUGGAGAAUCUAUCCUCUCCACGACCAGAACUCCCACAAUAGCUGCAGUUUUUACUCGAGAGACGACAAAAACACCCAUCAGAAAUACCGGCAGACUGCGGCCUGAGGUUUAUGAGAUCGAAGACAAAGAGAAGGAGUUGAAAUUGCAACGGAAGUGCAAGGAGGAUGAAGUAAUGCACAAGGGACAUUGCCUGAAGCGAAGGGAUUUGGGAGAGAGCUGCGUGACCAAAGAUCAAUGCAAUGGCGGGGCGGGCUGCUACAGAGGACGAUGCAGAUGUCCACCGAACAAGGCGGGAUUCAUGGGACGAUGCGAAGGUAAGGAAGCGAGAUUUUGGGAGGGAAAAUUAAUCUAAUUUUGGAAUUUUUUGGUAAUCAAAAUGGGACUUUAAAAAAAUUAAGGGUUGAAUUUUCUAAAACAUCUAGUUUUUCUGUGUAAAUGUAGGAGAUGUUUACCUCACGUUUUGAAAAAAAGAGAUACUUUUAGAUCCAAGAUUUGAUAAAAAAUUCAGUUCUUUGCAAGUUUUACCACUAAAAAUUUGCGUAGAGCUUCGGAAUGGGCAAAAUAAAAUCAACUUUUCUAGUCGAAAUUGGCACCGAUAUCAGUCUGUCGGGAAAAUACUGAACGCAGUGACGCUACGCCGUGAAAAGCAAUUUGAUUUUUUCGCUGUACAAUCCAUUUUCUGUGCAAUUUUUGACGCGACAAAAUGCGCAUUAUUUUCCCCACAGAUUCAAAAACUAUUAUUUCUAACCCCCAAACUUUCAGAGAACGUCUGCGGAGGCAAUCAAUUCCGUCUUCCCCAAACCGACCCCCUCACUUCCAAUGUUCUCCAAUGUGCGCACGACAACUCGGUUUGCCGUCAGCCCUACAAAUGCACCUUCAGCAAGAUCCUCAAGGACUACAUUUGCUGCAAAUCGACGAACAGAUUGAUCGAGGAGAACAUCCCCACCAUUCGACCCAUUACAAUGGCGCCGAACGUGUUCACAUUCGGGACGACGCGGAGCGCGAAAACGCAUCGGACCACCACCGUUCGCACGUAUCCGUUCGGCAACGCGAAGACGCGCCGGAGUCGGAGAAAGUGCCCCGACGGCUCGUCGCCGUUGAUGUUCACGCACACGGACCAGCCCGUGAAAUGCACACCGCAACGCUCUUGCCCCAAGGAUUACUAUUGCAGCCAUAUGAUUUGUUGUCUGGGCACGCCAACCACGCCGGCGUAUGAUGAGGAGGACGAGGAGUGA